AGCGGGGGCGGUGCCCACCGACGGCACAGCCCUCGGGCCCGCCCGGGACCAGGAGGUGAGCCGCGCGCGCACAGCUCCGUGCGCUCGCCCCUCCGAACGCCCGCCAGGUGCCCCGCAGCCCGCCGCCGAGAUGCACAGCCCGCCUGGGCUCCUGGCGCUGUGGCUUUGCGCCGCGCUAUGCGCAUCAGCGCGCGCGGGCAGCGACCCUCAGCCUGGCCCCGGGCGUCCCGCCUGCCCGGUUCCCUGCCACUGCCAGGAGGAUGGCAUCAUGCUGUCCGCUGACUGCUCCGAGCUCGGGCUCUCAGUGGUGCCUGCGGAUCUGGACCCCCUAACGGCUUACCUAGACCUCAGUAUGAACAACCUCACGGAGCUUCAGCCGGGUCUCUUCCACCGCCUGCGCUUCCUGGAGGAGCUGCGGCUCUCGGGGAACCACCUCUCACACAUCCCGGGACAGGCAUUCUCCGGCCUCCACAGCCUCAAAAUUCUAAUGCUGCAGAGCAACCAGCUCCGUGGGAUCCCAGCAGAGGCACUAUGGGAGCUGCCCAGCCUGCAGUCGCUGCGCCUAGAUGCUAAUCUCAUCUCCCUGGUCCCUGAGAGAAGCUUUGAGGGGCUCUCCUCCCUCCGCCACCUCUGGCUGGAUGACAAUGCACUCACCGAGAUCCCUGUCAGAGCUCUCAACAACCUUCCUGCCUUACAGGCCAUGACCUUGGCUCUCAACCGUAUCCGCCACAUCCCUGACUAUGCCUUCCAGAACCUCACCAGUCUUGUGGUGCUGCAUCUACAUAACAACCGCAUCCAGCAUGUGGGGACCCACAGCUUCGAGGGGCUGCACAAUCUGGAGACACUAGACCUGAACUAUAAUGAGCUGCAGGAGUUCCCCGUGGCUAUCCGGACCCUGGGCAGGCUGCAGGAAUUGGGUUUCCAUAACAACAACAUCAAGGCUAUCCCAGAGAAAGCCUUCAUGGGCAACCCUCUCCUGCAGACAAUACAUUUUUAUGACAACCCAAUCCAGUUUGUGGGAAGGUCAGCAUUCCAGUACCUGUCUAAACUGCAUACGCUAUCUUUGAAUGGUGCCACUGAUAUCCAAGAGUUCCCAGACCUCAAAGGCACCACUAGCCUGGAGAUCCUGACCCUGACCCGUGCGGGCAUCAGACUGCUCCCACCGGGAGUGUGCCAACAGCUGCCUAGACUUCGAAUCCUGGAGCUGUCUCAUAAUCAGAUUGAGGAGUUGCCCAGCCUGCACAGAUGUCAGAAGCUGGAGGAAAUUGGCCUCCGACAUAACUGGAUCAGGGAAAUUGGUGCAGAUACCUUCAGCCAGCUGGGCUCCUUGCAAGCUUUAGACCUGAGUUGGAAUGCCAUCCGUUCCAUCCACCCUGAGGCUUUCUCAACCCUUCGAUCCUUGGUUAAGCUGGACCUGACUGACAACCAGCUGACCACACUGCCCCUGGCUGGGCUGGGAGGCCUGAUGCACCUGAAGCUCAAAGGGAACUUGGCCCUGUCUCAGGCCUUCUCCAAGGACAGUUUCCCAAAACUGAGGAUCCUGGAGGUGCCCUACGCCUACCAGUGCUGUGCCUACGGCAUCUGUGCCAGCUUCUUCAAGACCUCUGGGCAGUGGCAGACCGAGGACUUUCAUCCAGAAGAAGAGGAGGCACCAAAGAGGCCCCUGGGUCUCCUUGCUGGACAAGCUGAGAACCACUAUGACCUAGACCUGGAUGAGCUCCAGAUGGGGACAGAGGACUCAAAGCCACACCCCAGUGUCCAGUGCAGCCCUGUUCCAGGCCCCUUCAAGCCCUGCGAGCACCUCUUUGAGAGCUGGGGCAUCCGCCUUGCUGUGUGGGCCAUCGUGCUGCUCUCCGUACUCUGUAAUGGGCUGGUGCUGCUGACAGUCUUUGCCAGCGGGCCCAGCCCGCUGUCCCCCGUCAAGCUUGUGGUGGGUGCGAUCGCAGGCGCCAACGCCCUAACGGGCAUUUCCUGUGGUCUCCUGGCCUCGGUGGACGCCUUGACCUACGGUCAGUUCGCUGAGUAUGGAGCCCGCUGGGAGAGCGGGCUGGGCUGCCAGGCUACGGGCUUCCUGGCAGUCCUGGGCUCAGAGGCGUCGGUGCUGCUGCUCACACUGGCGGCCGUGCAGUGCAGCAUCUCUGUGACCUGCGUCCGAGCCUACGGGAAGGCGCCGUCGCCUGGCAGCGUCCGCGCAGGCGCACUGGGAUGCCUGGCGCUGGCCGGGCUGGCCGCAGCGCUGCCGCUGGCUUCGGUGGGAGAGUAUGGCGCCUCCCCGCUCUGCCUGCCCUAUGCCCCACCCGAGGGCCGCCCGGCCGCCCUGGGCUUCGCUGUAGCCCUGGUGAUGAUGAACUCGCUCUGCUUUCUGGUGGUGGCCGGCGCCUACAUCAAGCUCUACUGUGACCUGCCACGGGGUGACUUUGAGGCCGUGUGGGACUGCGCCAUGGUGCGCCACGUGGCCUGGCUCAUCUUUGCAGAUGGCCUCCUCUACUGCCCCGUGGCCUUCCUCAGCUUUGCCUCCAUGCUGGGCCUCUUCCCUGUCACCCCCGAGGCUGUCAAGUCGGUCCUUCUGGUGGUGCUGCCUCUGCCUGCCUGCCUCAACCCAUUGCUCUACCUGCUCUUCAACCCUCACUUUCGAGAAGACCUUCGGCGGCUCUGGCCAAGCCCUCGGUCCCCGGGGCCCCUAGCCUAUGCUGCAGCCAGUGAGCUGGAGAAGAGCUCCUGCGACUCCACCCAAGCGCUGGUGGCUUUCUCGGAUGUGGAUCUUAUUCUGGAAGCUUCUGAGGCUGGGCAGCCUACUGGGCUAGAGACCUAUGGCUUCCCUUCAGUGACCCUCAUCUCCCGACAUCAGCCAGGGGCCACCAGGCUGGAGGGAAACCAUUUUGUAGAGUCUGAUGGAACCAAGUUUGGGAACCCACAACCUCCCAUGAAGGGAGAACUGCUGCUGAAGGCAGAGGGAGCCACUUUGGCAGGCUGUGGCUCUUCCGUGGGUGGAGCCCUCUGGCCCUCUGGCUCUCUCUUUGCCUCUCACUUGUAAAUAUCCCUCUCUGUUUGUCCUCUCCCCGCCCAAUGAUGGCUGCUUAUAAAAGAAAGACAACUCCAACUCCAUAGCAGGAAGGCCAACACCUCUGACUCCAUUGUUCUCUCUCCACGGCCCUAACCAAUGAGUGCUUCCAAGUCUUGCUUUGUCUUGGCCUUCAGCUUCACUUUCACCCUGGGCCCUCUCUGUCCAAUCCAAUACUUCUGACAGAGACCUGGGAAAUUUGCAUAGGAGAAAGGAGAAAAGCAAAAGACAGUGAAGGUUAUGGGGCCCUGACAGAGCCAUGAUCAGUGAGUGCACAGUGAUGGGGAGGUCUCACAGAGCAAGACCCUGGAAGACAACUACCAAAGACAUUGGAGAGUCUCCCCUGUGACAUAUAGAAUAUAAAAUGUGUUCUCUGUCCCAUUAAUCUUGACCUAUGCUGUGCCAAAGUGCUUCCUGUUAAAAUACACUUUGGAAGACAUUGCAUAUUAUGUCCCUUUCUUAGAGUCAUGGGGUCAUGUUAGUGUCUAAAAGGUCCUGAGAAUUAGGACCUUUUGGCUUAAUUACUACAGCAGUUAAACUUAAUUAUUUGAUGAUACCUAUCUGUUUGCUUUUUAUGGAACACUUACAAAUCUCUCAUAGAACUUAGCAUGGUUUUUCUCCUGGGGAAUCAUCUUCAUACCAUGGAGUACUACCCUAUGACAUCACAGGAUGCCACCCUCUUUCAAAGCCCCUAUGAAGCCAACCUGGGGUGAAGUGCCAGAGGUGACUGGUGAUCCGUCAUCCAGGACAGAUUUUGCAUUCUGCUCCCCUCCCCACCUCACUUAUCCUACUGGAGCAGACACCUGGAGGAGCCUGCCUCAUCUCCAAGGUGGGGCGGGGAGAAAGAGACCCUUGUAUGUGUUCCCACCCCACACCGACCCCAAGCAGUAAUGAAAUUUCUGCCCUCAGCAAGACAGGAUUCUCAGGUCCUGGCAAGAUAUACACUGAGAAGUCUGUAGUGCUCUGGGCUUCCCCAAAUUCUAUGCUAACUUCGUAUGGUUUUACAUUGUAUGCAUCUCGCUAUGGCCCGGACCUCUCUUCUCAUCCCAAUCCUGUUACUGAGAGGGGUGGAAAACCCAAGAGAAGGGAUAUUUGUAUUGUGAGUAUUGCAUUUUAGGGAGUGCUGUGGCUAUCUGGGACUCCUGGGUGCCCCCAACAGGCCUUUGAUUCUUCUGCCUCUCUCCUCUUGAUCUUUCUUACCCUCUGCUUCUCCAAGUGCAGUUGAGGUACUAUGCAGUGCCUCUGCCUCACUCCAAACACGGGAUGCCUCACUCCAAACAUGGGAAUUCAAUCUCAGAGAGAGGAGGUAAGAAAUGGGGAGAAGCCAAGACUCAGCAAUAGACGAUAAUUGCUCCUGGGAUUGCCCCCAACACCAUUUACCUAGAAAGGACCAAGUUUGGAUCCUGAAGCCCAGUGGAGCACCAUUCUCUGCCUGAAUCCUGUUGUGAUCCCUAGCCAAGUCCUCUUUCCAAAAACUCCACCUUUAAAACAAGCUGAGAAGGCCCUUUCUCUAAGUUUAAUAGUUAACUUUCCAUAGCUUAGCUUCUCUGCGGUCUCCUGAGUGCCCAGUGAAAAUUCUGCCAUAGGUCAACAAGUGAGGUGGAGAGAUGAGUCAGAGGCCAUGCAUGGAGCUCAGAACAUUUCCAAACCUCCUGUGAUUCACUGAGUAGCCCCUAAACUCUAGAAGGCUCAGAAGCAGAAAAGGAUGACUUUAUUAUUUCUUAGGGUCUUCUCAUGGGGCCAGUUUCAGGAAGGGCAUUCACCAAUUGAUGGCAGAUUUAUUUAUCAAUUGUUUCUGGGUGCUUGAUCUCUUUAUUUCCCCAGGGCUAUGAGAGCCCUUGGUGGGAGGUCCCCCCCACCUUGAGAAUUGGUGGUUUUUUGAGAUUCCCUAGGGUUGGCUGUUUUAGUUAGGGUUUUACUGCUGUGAAGAGACACCAUGACCAAGGCAACUC